UUAACCAGCAUAACAGGAAAGACGAGCAGCUUUUGUUUUAAACUGAGGGCACUUUUAUCGAAGUCCUCAUUCGGUUUAUUUUUCUUUUAGAAUAAAGGAUUUGAGUUUUAAGCCUUAAAAAAAGGACACACACUCUCCUUGCCUGUUUGACUUUGAGAAUAAUUUAAGUCAAAGAAUCUGCUCUAUGCUAACCAAGAGCCUACCAUGGCCAAGAAAGUUGCAGUGAUUGGAGCUGGUGUGAGUGGCCUCUCCUCCAUCAAAUGCUGUUUGGAUGAGGAUCUAGAGCCCACCUGCUUUGAGAGAAGUAAUGACAUCGGGGGACUAUGGAAGUUUACUGAAUCUUCCAAAGAUGGGAUGACCAGGGUUUAUAAGUCAUUAGUGACAAACGUCUGCAAGGAAAUGUCAUGUUACAGUGACUUCCCUUUCCAAGAAGAUUAUCCCAAUUUCAUGAACCAUGAAAAAUUUUGGGACUAUCUCCAAGAAUUUGCUGAGCACUUUGACCUUCUAAAAUACAUUCAGUUUAAGACCACUGUGUGCAGCAUAACAAAGCGUCCUGACUUCUUCACAACUGGUCAGUGGGAUGUUGUCACAGAGACAGAGGGCAAGCAGAAUAGAGCUGUCUUUGAUGCUGUCAUGGUUUGCACUGGACAUUUCCUGAAUCCUCAUUUACCUUUGGAAGCCUUUCCUGGAAUUCAUAAGUUUAAAGGUCAGAUCCUGCAUAGUCAAGAAUACAAGAUCCCAGAAGUCUUUCAGGGCAAGCGUGUCUUGGUGAUCGGUCUUGGGAACACUGGAGGAGACAUUGCUGUGGAACUCAGUCGAACAGCGGCUCAGGUACUUCUCAGUACUAGAACUGGCACCUGGGUUUUGGGGCGCUCUUCAGAUUGGGGCUAUCCUUAUAAUAUGAUGAUUACAAGAAGAUGCUAUAGUUUUAUUGCACAAGUUCUGCCUUCAUGUUUUCUAAACUGGAUUCAAGAGAGAAAGUUGAAUAAGAGAUUUAAUCAUGAGGAUUAUGGAUUAAGUAUUACAAAAGGGAAACAAGCAAAAUUCAUUGUGAAUGAUGAGCUGCCAAGCUGUAUCCUCUGUGGGUCAAUCACUAUAAAAACCAGCGUGAUGGAAUUUACAGAAACCUCUGCUGUCUUUGAAGAUGGGACAGUGGAAGAAAACAUUGAUGUUGUGAUCUUCACUACAGGAUAUACAUUUUCUUUUCCCUUUUUUGAAGAACCUCUUAAAAGCCUCUGUACAAAGAAGAUAUUUCUAUACAAGAACGUCUUUCCCUCAAACCUGGAGAGAGCAACAUUAGCCAUCAUAGGCCUUUUAAGCCUUAAAGGAUCCAUCUUAUCAGGCACAGAGCUCCAAGCACGAUGGGCCACAAGAGUAUUCAAAGGACUCUGUAAAAUACCUCCAUCCCAAAAACUGAUGCUGGAGGCUACUAAAACAGAACAGCUCAUUAAAAGAGGUGUGAUUAAAGACAGCAACAAAGACAAAUUGGACUACAUUGCCUACAUGGAUGAUAUCGCUGCUUGCAUAGGCACAAAGCCCAGCAUCCCACUUCUGUUCCUCAAGGAUCCCAGACUAGCUUGGGAAGUUUUCUUUGGACCAUGUACUCCUUACCAGUACCGCCUCAUGGGCCCUGGAAAAUGGGAUGGAGCCAGAAAUGCCAUCCUGACCCAGUGGGACAGAACACUGAAACCUUUACAAACUCGAAUCGUUCCUGAUGCCUCCAAGCCUGCUUCCAUGUCACAUUAUUUAAAAACCUGGGGAGCACCUGUCCUACUUGCCUCUCUUCUACUUAUCUGUAAGUCUUCACUUUUCUUGAAAUUGGUGAGAGAUAAACUACAGGUCAGAAUGUCCCCUUACCUAGUAAGUCUUUGGCGAGGAUGAACCUGAUUGGUUCUGAGGGCUGUACCAAGUUGUGCUAAUUCUAUCUCCAAAUAUCUUGUGCAUCCCUCUUCAGCUCUCCAUCACAACUGCUGUAAGCCAAAUUCAGGUCUAGCCAUCUCUUUUCUGAAUUAUUGUAUUGUCUUCUUUAUUUCAGUACCUUCUUUCUUGCCACCCUUUCCAAUGCAUUUUUUACCCUGCUACUUCAGUGAUUAUUCUAAAAUAAUUAAAUGUGAUAUGGUUUGGCUGUAUCUCCA